AGGAUGAUUUGUACAAUUUUUGGUGAUGACUUGAGGUCAACAGCGGAAUGGUUUUUCGAGUUUGGGGCGAUUAUUGGUUGGAGGUUGACGUCAAAGCGAUUUGUGUAAUUUUGGCAAAGUUUCAUUUGUGAUUGUGAAAGUAUUGAGAUCAGGAACCAUGGAAGCAAAAGAGAAUGCCCUUAGCGCACUCUUCAGGUUCACAGACCCCGCAAAUGUGGAGUCACAGCGUAUUGUGGUCGAGCAAGGAGUUUAUCCUCUACUAGUAAACUUUCUCCGGGUCGGUUCUGUGACGGCCAAGGCAAGAGCAGCAGCUCUCAUCGGUAAUCUAUCAAUGAGCACUCCAAGGCUCGUUAUGGCCACUAAACCUAGCUUUUGUUGGUGUUUCAGUGCACGUGUGCAUCUAUGCCCAGCCCAUGGCAGCAAAUGUAGUGUUGCCUCUACGUUCUGUCUCCUGGAGGCCAAUGCUUUGCCUGAUUUAGAUGAACUCUUGAGGAUACAGGUUCAUGCAACAGCAUAUGACGCAAUUCAGGCACCUUCAAUGCUGGUGAGGGAAGGAUCUCCCAACAGAGGUGCGAGCACUCUGCACAAAGCCAAUGCAAUCAAGCCCCUCUUGGAGAUCUUCACAUGGAGAAUGGAUUCACUCAAGGAAGAGGCUUUGGGAUUCUUGGAGAAGAUUUUCCACUCAAAGGAUAUAGUGGAACACUAUGGAUCAACGGCUAAAUUGCUUCUCGUUGGCAUGACUGGCCGGAACAUUCAUGAUGAAAGUCAUAUUGGUAGGAGGGCUGCCCGUGUUUUGUCGCUUUUGUAACAAUAUGCAAAAUCGUUAAACAUCUAUCAUUCCAGGAAUAUAUGGAUAGCCAUCAUCUUAAGGUCUGGAAAAAGUCUGCUGCAAUUUAUGAUGAGUUAUCUAUGUAUUUGCCAAGAUUUUCCAUGUCCCAAGUACUCAAGGUACACAGAUGGCCCCUUUAACUUGUCUAUAAUUAUGUAAAUGACAAAUUUCGUAGUUAAGUGAGGAUUAAGUAUAUCAGAUUAUUAUCAGCGUGACAUGUUGCAAA